AUGGCUCCGAAAUCGCCUUGGAAGAAUAAAACCAGUGUACAUGCAAAUGCCCGGCAGACCGUUGCCGCCAGCGAUGCCGCCGCCGCCGUGUCGCCAGCCAUCAACUAUGCCGAAGUCCAAGCCGAAGAGAUUGAUGCCCUCAAAGCCAUUUACAUGGAAGACUUUGAUGAAGAGGCCGUGAACACAGCUGCUUGGGGCAAGAGUACUGACCACACUUUCAAGAUUACUAUCAAGCCCACCUCCGAGGACGCCAGGCCUGACGACUAUGUUGUCCUGUCUGUUAAGCUUACAGCCACAUAUCCAAAAUCCGCACCGGUGCUCGAGGUCUCCGGUCUCGAAAAGUUUCAUGAGCGGACCCAGAAGAGAGUCCGCAACGUGCUCGUGCUCAAACCAAAGCAGAUGCUGGGAGACGUGAUGAUUUACGUCAUCGCUGUUGAAAUUCAAGAAGCUCUCGACGAUGCUGUCACUGCUCGUGCACAAGGAACACUGCCCAGUCUCGAGGAGGAGCGCGCCAGCGCCGAAGAAGUCGCGCUGACCAUGGCCAAAGAGGCCGAAGAAGCUGAAACUCGUCGCCAGCAAGAAGCUCGAGCUGAAGAGGACCGCGUGCUGAAGCAGAUGGUCAAGGAAGAAGUCAGUCGUCGGGACAAGCGGAAAUCAACGAAAUCCGCAGGCGAUAUUCCCAAGCUCCAGUCCGAGAAGACUAUGCCCCAGUCGAUCGUCUUUGAUCAAACAGCCAAAGUCCAAGUCGGCAACGACAUCGAGUCGUUCACGGAGGUUACUGUGAAUGGUCUGUUAUUCGAAGGGGGCAAGGAAAGCGUGUACUUGGGAAAGCCAAAAGUCUCCACAGCCGCCGAGGCUCCUCUUGUCGCGAUAGUGAGACGCAAGGUUGAGAAGCAACGUGGAGACAUCAUCGAACUGGAGGCUGUUCUGGAAGCCGCCCACAAACUCAACCACACGAGCCUUGUGAACCUGCUUGCGUUCCGUGUUGAUCGAAUUAACAAUUUCAAUUCGGAACUCAUACUUUGUCGAGACUAUGCAGACCGAGGAUCGCUGUAUGACUUGCUUUCGCUCUGCGACCUGCACGUUAGCAAAUCUCGGCAGUUCACUAUCCAGCUGCUGGAGGGUUUGGAACACCUGCAUAACAACGGCAUGGUCCACGGAGGCAUCAGCGCUCGCACGAUAUUCCUUUCUGCCAACCCAUCUCUAGCCCCCAAACUGGCUAAUUUUGGCUAUGCCUCACUGCUUGGUCUACGAGACGCCAAUCUCCCAUGCAAGUGGCGUUCUCCAGAUGUCGACUCGAAGUCACAGUCGUCGCAGCGCCAUGUUGAUUUGUGGGACCUGGGGAUUGUCAUAAUCCAAAUGUUCUUGGGCCUGGACGCAACCGAUACAUAUACAUCGCCAUCCGUUUUGCUCAGCAAACUGGAACUUUCAGAGGCUUUUGAAGACUUCUUGACGAAAAUCUUCUUCAGUGAUGCAAAGAAGAAGCCGUCAUGCUUGGACUUGUUGCCCGCUGAGUUUCUCCGCGACGACUCGCCGAUCCUGCAAGACACGCCUACACAUGCUGCCCGCCGCAGUAGAAAAUCGAGUUCUGGAGUUGCUAGUCCAUUGCAUCGGCGAUCCAGACACAACUCAUCCAAUCUGCAUGAGCCAUUUUCCCGUUAUGCGAACGACUUCAGCGAUCUGGGGAGACUUGGAAAGGGAGGUUUUGGAGAAGUUGUCAAGGCUCGCAAUAAGCUUGACGGCGGAGUCUACGCUGUCAAGAAGAUUCGACAAACCCAACAACUCCUGGAGCAGGUCCUCAAAGAGGUCAUGUUAUUGAACAGGCUCAAUCAUCCGUACGUCGUGAGGUACUAUUCGACGUGGACGGAGAGCGACAUGCCAGGCUCUCAACCACAGGAUGCGAUCUCAACAACCGAGGAGACCCUGUCUGACAGCCCAAAAGUUGACUAUGGGUAUGCCAGCACUGGAGGGCUAGACUUUGUCAGCUCCAACGCCCUUCCUGGCAUCCAGUUCGAAGACGACGACGAUGAUGAUGACGAUGAGAGCAAUGAGAGCGACGAGAGCGACGAGCGUGAUGAUGGCGACAAGCGUGACGACGGCGACAGCGAUGAUGACCCGUUUGAGCGUAAUGGCGAGAGUAACGGUCUGAAUGGCACUUCAACCGUCGAGACUGACAGCGAGCUUCCAGAGUCAGACCUCCGCUUGAAUAAAUCCAGAUCUGACUCCCGGCGCACGAUUUCGACUCUGUAUAUUCAGAUGGAACUCUGCGAUCGACGCUCCUUGCGCGACAUCCUUCGACGACCUAUGGACGACGAUGAUUCGUGGCGUGUCAUGCGCCAGAUCACGGAAGGUCUAGCACAUAUCCAUGGGCACGGAAUCAUUCAUCGCGACUUGAAGCCGGACAACGUAUUUAUCGACGCCAAUGGAAACCCCAAGAUUGGCGACUUUGGCUUGGCCACUACUAGCAACUACAGCAACCAGCCAGGUCAGAUUGGAUCCGCGGGAUACGGCAGUGUCGACAUGACUCGGAGUAUUGGAACUGCUCUCUACGUAGCGCCAGAGCUGCAGUCAAAGUCCGGUUCGAGCUACGACGAGAAAGUAGACAUGUUCUCUCUUGGUAUCAUGUUCUUCGAGAUGUGCCAGCCGUUCGGUACUGCGAUGGAGAGAAUCAACGAGAUACAGCGGAUUCGUCAGAAGGACCACGUACUGCCUCCUCCAUUUCAAUCGAAUGGCGAGAAAGCCGCGCAGGGCAAACUGAUCAGUUGUCUGAUUUCGCAUAAGCCAAGCGAGCGUCCAACGAGCGCAAAGUUGCUGCGCAGUGAUAUGCUGCCUGUCAAGAUCGAAGAUGAGACAGUAAGACAGGCGUUGAAUGGCUUGUCAGAUCCUCGCUCGCCGUACCACCAGCAGCUGAUGUCUGCCUUGUUUGCUCACGAUGCUGCCGGUAGCCAACUUGUCAAGGCACGCGCAUGGGAGACAAAGGCAACGAUCAGCCCUGAUGAUAUCGACAGGGUGCGAAUGAGAGGGAUUGCUCGCUUUGCACUCCAAACUGUGUUCAGGAGACACGGUGCUGAAGAGAGCCGGCGAGACACAAUAUUCCCACGCUCUGGCAUUUACACCAAUCCCAACGUUUUUCAGCUUCUGGACGCCUCUGGCAACUUGCUGCAACUACCCUACGACUUCACGCUACCGCAUGCACAACAGCUGGCCCGGCAAGUGUCCAAGCUGAGGUGCUCAUUCACGUUCGGUGGUGCGUAUCGCGAUGCCUUCACAGGGGGCCCUCCGAGAGUGUCUGAAGAGGCCGACUUUGAUAUCGUCAACUUUGCACAAGACGAUGUUGCGCUCAACGAUGCCGAGAUCAUCAAGGUCAUGGAUGAAGUCGUCUCCGAACUCCCUGCAUUCGAUAACUCAGCCAAUGUCUGCAUUCAGCUUAAUCAUGGCAAGCUACUAGACGCUGUACUGGAUCACUGCCGUGUACCCAUUGUGUUGCAACACGUGGUGAAGGAGACUCUCAGCAAGCUUGGUGUGCAACAAAACACCUGGAAGAAGAUCAGACCCCAACUGCGGAACAUUGGCCUAAGCGACACUACACUUGACGAUCUUCAGCAGUACGAUUGGCGGGAUACAGCGAACAAGGCCUUCAAUCGUCUGCGGGCCCUCUUUGAUGGCACAACCCCUCGAAACCGGUCCAAAGUCGAUGAAGCAAUACGGCACUCAGAGAAAAUCCUCGGUUUCGUUAACAAGCUUGGCCUCGCUCGGAAAUUGUUCGUGGCGCCUCUGAGUUGUGUGAAUGCCAAGUUCUACAACGAUGGCAUGCUGUUCCAGUGUAUGCUCGAGGGCAAGAAGAGCUCUGCUGUUAUUGCAGCAGGAGGACGCUACGAUAGUCUCAUCCGGUCACACCGCAUGCCCGAGAUCGACGUGCCUUUUCAAGGUGCCGUUGGUGUGACGAUUGGCAUGGACUAUCUCAUCUCACAUCUACUCAAGAAUUGCGCUCCGGGAUCCAAAGCGACCUUCCUGAAAGAUCCAGACCACCAACAUCAUCUACCACGGCGCUGCAAUGUACUUGUCGUCGCGAGUGGCACAGAAGCCCUUCGCAAUGCAGGAAUCGGACUUGUCAGCAAACUCUGGUUUCACGACAUCAGCGCCGAGCUCUCGCAGGGCUCGUUGCCAGAGCAGAACUACACAUUCAUCGUCCACAUGCGACACGAGACUUCUCAGACGGUCCGCGUGACAAACACCACGACAGAUGGCGAAGACUCAGACGUAGCACUCACAUCAUUGAUCGGACACAUCCAGCAGGAACUUCGAGAACAGGCGACCAGCAAGUUCCGUCGUCCACUGCUGCGGAACCACUCCAGCCACCAGGACGGUGACCGCAAGAGCAACAACGUCCAGGUACUCAUGGCUUCACACAGAAGCAAGAAGCCCAACAAAUACGGUCUUGUCGAAGCAGCACAGCAGCAUUGGUCUGAGAAAUUGGAGAAGAUGAAAGACGCACCGAUUGUUGCCAUUGAGACUCGAGAUGAGGUUCUCAAUCUUGUGCAAAACACUCGGCUCAGCGAUGGCGAGAGUUGGAAGAAGGCGAUACAGAGCGUGCAGCUCACUGAGCGACAGUAUGUCCAACAGAUUCAAGAGUUGCUUGAUUCUUGGCGAAAGAGUUGGAACACUGGAGAUGGUGCGAGGGAGGUGUGUGUUUACAACUUCCGCACCAGCAGUUGCAUCUACUAUGACUUGGGAUUGUGA